AUGCCAGCUGCUGCAGUGAAGCCAGCUCUGGAGGGCAUGGUGGUGGAGGGAGGGGGCGAAGGAGAGCGCGGCGCGGCCCAGUGGGAAGCCUCAGGGCCGGGCAGAGAGCGGCCGCCUCUCCCUUGCCUGAAAGUCCCCAGGGAGCUGCUGCGGAGCUUCCCCCACUCCAAGCGGGUGGGAUCCUACCUGGUGGGGAAAAUGAUCAACAAGGGCUCUUUUGCCAAGGUGAUGGAGGGGCUGCACAUCGGCACGGGGGAAAAGGUGGCCAUAAAGGUGAUCGACAAGAAGAAGGCACGGCAGGACUCAUACGUGCUGAAGAACAUGAAGAGAGAGCCUCGGAUCCAUCAGAUGGUCCGACACCCUCACAUUGUCGUCCUGCUGGAGACUCUGGAGACAGAGAACAGCUACUACAUGGCCAUGGAGCUCUGUGCCGGAGGAGACCUGAUGGACAGGAUCUGUGAGAGGAAGCGGCUGGAGGAGAGGGAGGUGCGGCGCUACAUCCGACAGAUCCUCUCCGCAGUGGAGCACCUGCACAAACAUGGCAUCGUGCACAGAGAUCUGAAGAUUGAAAACUUCCUCCUAGAUGAGCACAACAACAUAAAGAUUGUAGACUUUGGCCUGAGCAACACUCUGAAGGUAGAGUCUUUGUCUCUGGAGCUUCUCAACACCCAGUGUGGAAGCCCCGCCUACGCCGCCCCUGAGCUGCUCGCUCACAGGAAGUACGGACCCAAAGUGGACGUCUGGUCCGUGGGUGUGAGCAUGUUUGCCAUGCUGACCGGGACCUUGCCCUUCACUGUUGAGCCGUUCAACAUCAAGCAGCUGCACCAGAAGAUGGUCAACGGAGAGAUCAGCAGCAUCCCCAGUGACGUCAGCAAAGGUGCAGUGGGCUUUGUGCUGUCUCUCCUGCAGCCAGACCCAGCAAAGAGACCCAGCAUCAGAGCCGCCAUGGAGGAGAGGUGGAUCAACGAGGGAUAUGCCAAGAAACCACUGAACACACUCUCUCAUAAGAACAGGUUGCGUCCUGAGGAGCUCAACUCGUCUGUAGUGGCUUACAUGACAGAAAACCUGGGCCACUCGCUCUCUGACAUCAUACACACACUCACCACCAACCGGCCCUCUGCCAUCAUGGCCUCCUAUCACCUGCUGCUCAGCAAGAUCAACAGGAGCCAGAAAGGAGCCAAAGCCAGCAAGAAACUAGAGAGCAGUGAGUGGAGUCUUCUCAGUAAGAACACAUGGAGAGAGAGGAACAACACUGGAUCAAAGACUCAGGAGCAGAAUGAGCCAACCACUGAAAAAAACCCUAAGCAGUCCAGCAAGCCUUUGAAGAGCCAACCGCAGGCGACAGAGUGUCAGAACAACAGGAAGAGGCCAGAGGACGCCACCAGAAAGGACCAUAGUGAGGAUGAGGAGAACCGGCCCCCCUCUCCCUCCCUUCCCCAGCUCCCUCGCUCAGCCUCCCCCUCCGUCCCCCCUCGCCUCCCCUCGCCCUCCCCUGCUCCUCUGUCUACAGAGGACGGGAUCACGGAUGAGGAGACUGCCAUCACGCUAGACACCAAGGAGGCGCUGUUUCCUGAGGUAUCUGUGUUUGGAGACAGGGAGCUGGUGCACCUCUCUCCUCCCAAAAGCUCUGCCACCCAGCUAUGUGACUCCGCCCCUUGCCAAGUCCCCAUAACCGCUGAGCCAAUCAGAGAAAGCAGCAUGGCCAGACCCAUCCGACACACACACCUGCUCAGGACGACGCAAUCUGACGGGGCGGCGGACCCUGGAUUGGACUGUUACCAUGACAGCCAUCACCAGGACGACUACCCUCAUCACCUGAGCAUCAACGAGCGCCUGGAGAAGCUGCAGGCUUUCUAUUCCUCCGAGAAAAACGGCAUCUCUCCUAGGAUGCUCCUGGAGGCCGACACGCACACCACACAUUCUUCGGAGCGAGACCACCUGGGCACCAUGGAGACGGCCCAGAUGUCUCCCUCGGCCCCCUUGCCCCGCUUGCGCAAUGUGCACAUGGGGCUUAAGGGCGGAGGAGCUAGGAAAAUGACCUGGGUGGGACUGACCCGACCGGGGCCACCGGGGCUCCUGGUGAACGGGUCCAAGCCUCCCGCCUUCCCCUCCCAGAGACAAAACGCCCACGUCAUCAAGAGCCUCAGGCAGGAGAGGGGGAAGAGAAGAGAGCAGUCUGGAGGAAGAGGAGGAGGAGGAGGAGGAGGGGAGAGAGGGAUGGCAGGAGGAGGUAUGAGUGCGAUGAAGAGGAACUCUGUCCAGUUACGUUCAACCCUCCAGCGUAGGGUGGCGGACCUGAACCUCCCGCUGCUCCCUGCGGCCCUGCAAGGGAAAACAGACAGGAAGAACCAGCUACACAGCAUGGACUACUGA